CCAACAUUUCCAUACCCUGUUAUAAAUGUGUCUACUGCGCAAAAAACACGGAACAAAUGCCCUUGAAGGAGCAGAACUGGUGUUGAAGUUUAGGGAUCUCUCCCAGAAUUUGGGGGAUAAAUGAUUAUUGGUGCUAUAAUAUGACUGGAGAAAUGAAAAAAGGACCAUACCACUUAGUUGAACAUCAAAUAUUUAGACUGGCUCUCUGGAUGCUGACUGCUUACUUUGUGCCAUCUUUUUUAUUUCUUCUUCUAGUCAGUCCAUCAGAAAUGAUAUCCGUGAUGAGAAGAGAAGAAGCAGAUAUUCGACUUGCGAAUGGGGAGAGCCACUGUCAAGGGCGAGUUGAGGUUCUGUACAAUGGGACGUGGGGAACAGUAUGCGAUGAUGACUGGGACAUUGUAGAUGCCAAUGUAGUUUGUCGACAGUUGGGCUGUGGUCAUGCCAUUGCUGUACCUCACCGACUCUCAUUUGGCCAAGGCACAGGGCCUAUUUUUUUAGACAACGUGGACUGCAAAGGGACAGAAUCAGCACUGAGUCAGUGCAGAAGCCUUGGCUGGGGGAUUCAUAACUGCUACCACUAUGAGGAUGUUGCUGUCACCUGUAAUGAGAUUGUGUCAACACCUAGUAACAAGGGUCAGCUCACAAAACCUUCCUCUACACUCUUACAAAAUGUUCUACGAGAUGGCAGUAUAAGGUUGGUCAAUGGAGCUGACUCCUGCCAAGGGAGAGUAGAAAUCUUCUACAAGGGUAACUGGGGUACAAUAUGUGAUGAUGACUGGGGAAUGAAGGAUGCAAUUGUUGUAUGCAGACAAAUUAACUGUGGUGAAGCCUUGGACUAUAAAAGUAAUGCCUACUUUGGUUAUGGAACUGGCCUAAUACUACUGGACAAUGUGAAUUGCGAUGGGUCAGAGUCAUACCUAUCUGCUUGCUACAGUCUUGGCUGGGGAAUUCACAACUGUGGCCACCAUGAAGAUGCUGGAAUCAUCUGUGCUGGUCUGGGAAUUUUAACUACAACCCUGAGCACCAGUCGUAUAGCCCAUGACACUGCAGAGUCAUUUACUGACACAGCCACAGUUACAUGGGGAGGAAGUCAACCAUCUCCUGCGACUGAACUGCUCACUACUGCAUUGUUUCAGCCCUGGAGAAAAGGUGGCAGCAUUAGACUUGUAAAUGGAAACAGCAGCUGCCAAGGAAGAGUAGAAGUUCUCUAUCAGAAUACUUGGGGAACUGUAUGUGAUGAUGACUGGGAUUACAACAAUGCACAGGUGGUUUGCAAGCAGAUGGGUUGUGGUCCUGCCAUUGUGGCUACAACUCUUAGUUAUUUUGGCUAUGGCAGUGGUCCUAUCCUCCUUGAUAAUGUAGAUUGUGUUGGUACAGAGAAAGACUUAAUAGAAUGCUUCAACCUAGGUUGGGGACAGCAUAAUUGUGGACAUCAUGAAGAUGCAGGUGUAAUCUGUCAAGGUGUGAAAGACUCUGAAUUGUUUUCCAAAGGAAGCAGCUUUGAUGUGACAACUAAAGCCGCAACACCUCCAAAAGAUGGCUCUAUCCGCUUAGUGAAUGGAAGCCAUCGAUGUGAAGGGCGUUUGGAAAUAUUUUUUUCAUUGCAGUGGGGGACCGUGUGUGAUGAUGCAUGGGACCUAAAGGCUGCCAAAGUGGUCUGUCGAUCUUUAGGCUGUGGAGCAGCUUUGAACGCAUGCGGAGAAUCCUGGUAUGGACAAGGGGCUGGCAUUAUAUUCCUUGACAAUGUCAAAUGUCAUGGCAAUGAAAGUUCCAUAUUGCAGUGCUCCUAUAUCCACUGGAAUGUUCACAACUGCGAUCACUCCGAAGAUGCUGGAGUUAAAUGUGAGCUGUUGUGAACAACAUAGUCAGCCAACCUGAACAUAUGUAAAUGUAUACAUUAUGUAAAUAAUUCUGUAUUGUCCCUUGACUGUAAUUUUGCACUUUAUUAAACCAUUUAGACCAUGACUACAUGAUGUUAAACAAAGAAGUAUAUUAAACAAUACUUGCCAUUUGCUUAUAAGAAAUAUGCAUUUAUAAUAUACAUAGAAUGUAGUUUUAAGUUGACCUUUAAAAUAAAAGAUAAAGCAAUUAAUUUUUCCCCAUUCACAAUUUUCAGAUCACAGAGAUCAGCUAUGGAAAAUUAAGAGAAGUUUCAUUAAAACUUCUUCUCUCACAAAUAAUGUAAACAAUGGCCCUGAUUUACCAACAUGAUCCCGACUCUUUUUAUCGGAUUAUGCUACACAAUUUGUGUUGCACAUCCUCUGCGACACUUUGAGCGACACAUUUUACUCGUAAAAACCUGAAGGUUUUCUAAUUACUCCGAAUAUUUUUUUAACCCAACUAAAGGGGCGUGGUUUGCAUAACUAGGGGCGUGUUCCUGACAUUUUCCUGAAAACCCAACAGUUGUAUUUAAAAAACCACCAGAAAAAUAGUAAAAUACUGAACUUGAAAACUGCCGACCGCCUUUAGGUGUGUGGAAUCUUAAAAAAAAUUUGGGUUUUUUGAAAAUCCUGUUACUUUGUCCCCUUAGUAGCUUUUUAUAUUACAUUUUUUAUUUUACAAAAUUUUUGGGGGAAUUUCUCUUUAAAAAAAAAAAAAAUCUUGGCUUUCAUUUCCUUUUUAUUUUUAUUUUUUACUUUUUGUUUGUUAACCCUUUAACAACCGUGAAUGUAAAGUCACGUCCUGGUGCAGAGUUACUUUGCUUUAUUUAUUUGUUUUACACUUUAUUUUUCCUGUGCGACACUUUUUUUUCCCCGUGCGACAGAAUUUAAUAUCAUGCGACAGAAUUUUACCGACAUGUGCGAAACAUUGAUAAAUAUGUGCGACAAAAAAUAGUCGGGGAAAAAAAAAACACUCUGAAAAUAACCCGACACUCUUAGUAAAUCAGGGCCAAUGUAUUAAUUUGCUAUUGCAAUUUAGUAGGGCAGUCUGAUAGGACUAGUAAUAUAUCUUACAGGAUAUUUAACUAGUUUUAGAAUUCAGUUUUACAGAAAUUCUGUUUUGCUGAAAAACAAUCUAAGGUUCCAUUUUGUUUGAUGCAUCAACCAUCUUACCGUUCCAGGUUUUACCAUUCAGACCUUCACCCACCUAUUACUUAUUAUGACAAAGCUGUGAACCCUAGUGGUCAACAAUAAAAAGUGCAUUUUUCACGUUUUCAAGUAUUAUUUGGUUCUGAAGUUGAACCCAUGCUCACUUCUUAGUAUUUUGAUGUUAGGUUACAUAGCAAAAGUUGUUAUAAAUCUAAACCAAAUGCUUGACAAAUGUCCUAUGGCCACUAUAAAUAAAGUCUUA